UUAUGCCCAGUUUGUGUUCUGUGAUGUUUACCAAGGCUUCAUGCGUAUCUUGUCCAACCCUAAACACUAUGGCAUCAAGGAAACAAGAGGAGCAUGUUGUGGAAUAGGGUGGCAUGGAGCAGCAUCGGGGUGCGACACCAUGGAGAUGGUUUGCAACCAAAGUACAGCUCAUGUAAUCCUUCUAAGGUCGUCAAUUAUCUGCUGGCCGACUCUGCCUGGUUCGGUCAUCCAUUGGGUGACAUCUUUCAUCCCUUGAGCGUCCGAGCACUGGUGAACAUAGCUUCAGCAGCAGCAGCAGCAGCAGGUGUUCUGGCAACAACAGUUAUCGAUUACAAGCUAGAAGCAGCAGCAGCAGUUCUGGCAGAAGUAGAAAGCAGCAAUUCUGGCAGCAGCCAGUUGAAACAAGAACAAAACCAAGCCAGCCUAAAGAGUGUUUAUUUUCACCAGUUGCUGGACUUUCUUGAAGUUCUCUGCCUUAACUGUGACUAUCACCGUUGGAUAGAGAUAUUUACUUAAACUUUUAUGUUUAAAGUGUAGUUAGGUUAUCAACAUGUUGGUUGAUCUAUGGUGAAUUUGCCUUUUAUUGGGUUGUAAACUGUUUUGACAGGUAUAUAUUAAUGUAUUAUAACAUUCCCGGUA